CUCUGAGCCCUCGCUUUGGUUUCCCUGGCAACCGGCGCGGUCCCGCCGGCGGCGGCUAGGCCGAUGCUCGCCCGGCGGCCGCGGGACCCGCUGCAGGCGCUCAGGCGCCGCGGGCAGGAGCUGAAGCUGCAGGUUGAUAGUUUGGUUACUGAAAGCCAACUAACAGGUGCUCUGGAACCAAGUAAACGGAGAGAUAUUUACCAAAGAUGUAUCCAGUUAAAACAGGCAGUAGAUGAAAAUAAAAAUGCUCUUCAAAAAUUAAACAAAGCUGAUGAAGCUGCACCUGUGGGGAACUAUGAGCAGAGGAAGGAGGAGGAGCACAGUCUCCUGGAGAAGCUAGCCUGCCAGCUGCAGGAGCUUGCUGUGGGCAUCAGCAAGAAAGACACUCUCAAAGUUGAGGCACACAGUGACAAGGAGGAAGAUGACACAACUGAAGAAGAUGAAGAAGAAGAAACUGAAGAAACUGGUGGAGAGGAGGAAGAGUCAGAAGGGGAUGAGGAAGGAAAGCAGGAACAAGCCUCCCCCGAAGAAGCAGAAACUGUCACGUACAUUGCUCUUGGGGACUUCGCUGCUCAGCAGGCUGGGGACCUGACGUUUAAGAAAGGUGACAUUCUCCGUAUAGUUGAAAAGAAGCCUGAUGGUUGGUGGCUGGCUAAGGACGCUGAAGGAGUUGAGGGUCUCAUUCCCAGGACCUACUUGGAGCCCUAUAAUAAAGAAGACAAACUGGAAUCAAGCGAAGACAGCGAGGAGGGCGGUGAGGAGGAUGGUGAGGAGGAUGUGGAGGUGGUGGAUGAAACUGCAGAUGGAGCCCAGGUGAAGCAGAGAACGGAUUCCCAUUGGAGUGCUGUCCGAAAAGCUAUCUCAGAGCAGAUAAACACUGUUGACGUGUUAGCCACAAUGGGAGCCAUUCCUGCAGGGUUCCGGCCUUCCACACUCUCCCAGCUGCUGGAUGAAGCAGGGAACCAGUUUCGAGCAAGCUACUUCUUGCAGCCAGAGCUCACAACAUCACAGCUGGCCUUCAGAGAUCUAAUGUGGGAUGCUAAGGCAGGCACGAUCAUGUCAAGACCAAGCCGUGUUUCAUUGAUUCUGACCCUGUGGAGCUGUAAAAUGAUUCCUCUCCCAGGAACAAGCAUACAGGUCCUCAGCAGACACAUCCGCCUCUGCCUGUCUGAUGGCAGCAAGGUCCUGAGUAAUAUCCACACAGUCCGAGCCGUGUGGCAGCCUAAAAAGCCAAAAACAUGGACCUUCUCUCCUCAGGUCACUGGCAUCUUGCCAUGCUUGCUCGAUGGUGACUGUUUUAUCAGGUCCAAUUCUUCAACUCCAGACCUUGGGAUAUUAUUUGAACUUGGAAUUUCUUACAUUCGAAAUUCGACUGGUGAGAGAGGAGAGUUGAGCUGUGGCUGGGUGUUUCUUAAGCUUUUCGAUGCCAGUGGAGUUCCUAUUCCAGCAAAAACAUACGAACUCUUCUUGAAUGGAGGCACUCCUUACGAAAAAGGUGUUGAAGUGGACCCUUCCGUGUCCAGAAGAGCACAGGGCAGUGUUUUCCGUCAGAUGAUAAGCGUGCGGAGGCAGCCUCAACUUCUGGUGAAACUUCGGUCUCUGAACAGGAGGUCAAGGGCUAUGCUCAGUCUGCUGCCAGAAACCCUGGUGGGGAGUAUGUGCUCUGCUCACUUACUGAUAUUUUAUCGACAAAUUCUUGGAGAUGUGCUCCUGAGAGACAGGACAAGCCUGCAGAGUGCCGAUUUAAUCAGUCAUCCCGUGCUGGCCACCUUCCCUCUGCUCCUGGAGCAGCCUGACGUGAUGGAUGCUCUCAGGAGUUCCUGGGCUGAGAAAGAAAGCACGCUAAAGCGAGCGGAAAAGGACCAGGGAGUGACCUCAGGCAGGUUUUGUAAGGCACAUUGUCUCUCCCACAGAGAGCUACUGUCAUCAAGAAAAAAACAGCAUAGAUGGCAGAGAGACAAAGAGCUCCUAAAGGCUGAGUUCCUCCUGGUCUACCAUGACUGUGUGCUGCCUCUUCUGCAUUCUACACUGCUGCCCCCCUUUAGGUGGGCCGAGGAAGAGACAGAGGCUGCCAGAUGGAAAGCCAUCGCUGACUUCCUCAAGCAGAGCCGAGAGAACGAGGGUUCCCUGAAGGCUCUGCUGUCGCCAGAUGGAGUUCACAAACCAUUUGACCUUUCGGAGCAGACCUAUGACUUCUUGGGUGAAAUAAGAAAGAACUCAGGCUGAUAGUGGCCAUGGCUCUGAUUCCCAUUGGACCCAGGAGUUCUCUAGGAUGACCUGCCUCAAACAACUGUACCAAGAGAAGCAGACUGGUUAGAACAUAGUCAUAUGCUUUUAUGUGCGAAUAAUAUUUUCAAAGAACUAUCUAAUAAUUUGAUUGUGUGUAAAACAAUUAAAAUAAAUUUUAUAAGGAA